AUGCCUGGCGAUCAACCGGUCAAUCAGCCUUUGGUGAGCCCGGCAAAGUAUCCCGUUGCGUUAUAUCCCGAGUACAUCACCUCCUCGCCAACUAUGAUUAUUAUCAAACAACACAAUUUACGGAGGGACUUUACUUGUUUUCAUGCCAACUCGAAUGUUCUUUUCCAUGUUGCUGGGAAGAAUCUUAGCCAAAGACGGCGCCGCACCUUUAUUGACCCAACAAAGGACACUUCCCUUUUUGAACUCCGGAGGCGUUACUUUAACAUCAACGAGCACUGGUACCUUGAGUUUCCUACCAGUGCUGGUGCUAGUGAUAAUGACGGCAUAAGCUCUUUCUGUUCUGUGGCUAUCGUGUGGAAGGGUUGGGCCAACUUCAAUGUCACCUUUAACAAUAUGGCUGCACCAGGCUCUGCCAAGGGCGAACGUACUGUCCUCGAGGUUCGAGCGCUCACUUUCAGGCGCUUGCUCUACUGUGUUUAUCUUGACGGUGCGAAGAUUCUUGACCUCCGUAAGAUCCCGUCCCCUGAGGCACCUGAGAGGACCCCUAGGCCAGGUAAAAAGCCGCGCAGGACAGGCUAUUGUGCCUGGGAGGUAGAUAUUGCAUCAGGGGUGGAUUUGUCUCUGGCCUCUGUAAUUACUGUCAUAACCGCAGAACUGAACAAAAGUGACAUAUGGAGCAGAAGGAAUCACGUUUAG